AUGGCCACUUCCAUUUGGUCAGCUUUGCUCUUCCUGACGAUGUCCCGGGCUAUGCUCAGCAGCACAUCCCGAUGUUUGCCGAAGUGGGCCAGUUUCCUCAUCACCUUCCUGGACUCGCACAAAGACUUUCACAUCGAGGCGGGCAAGGCUUUGUGCCUGUACUCCUCGAUCCACGUGACUGGCCACACCAUCGGCACAGUCCCGGGCGUGAUGCAGAAGAGCGUGGCUGAGUUGAACCGACUGCUGGGAUGUGCACAGGACGAUCCUCCCUGGCUGGUGGAUCUCGAUUUGAGUCAACUCUACUGGCCCAUGUGCCCGCUGACGGAGGAAAACAAGCCGAAGACGUUCACGGAAGCCUUGUUCCUCACCGUUCCUGGCGUAACCGGAGCCAUGCUUACAGGUAUGUUGGCCCUGAUUGCUUUCACGAGCCGGCAGAGCUUUCGCAGCAAACACUUUGAAUGCUUCUGGAACCUGCACAACGUGGCGAUCUUCUCAUGGCCGAUUCUUCUCUUCUUCCACGGGUCACAAGGUUGGGUUGGGGUCGGCAUUCCGUUGGUCGUCAUUGUCUCGGCCCUCCCUAUCACGACCUAUGCCAUUGGCCGCAUCGCACGCCUCCUCCGCUACUACCUCUUCGUUGGGAAGGCCGUACGGAUCCUUCGCGCCACGGUGAGGUUGGGGAGGAAGGGCGAUGUCAACGGCUCUUUGACUCAGCUGGAGGUGACGCCGCCUCCGUACUUGUGGAGUUUCCAUGCUGGCAUGUAUGCAUUCAUCUGUAUGCCGGACUAUGCGCCGCUGCAGUGGCAUCCCUUCACGAUUACAUCUGGUAAGGAUGAUGCAACCGUGAACUUUCUCGUGGCAGGUGUGGGCGACUGGAGCAAUGAAGUGGCACGGCGCUGCCUGAAGGGUGAGUUGCCCCGCUUGGCCUUGGAUGGGCCUUUCGUUUCCCCCACACAGUCAGCCAUGGACAAGGAGGUCCUUGUCGCUAUCGGCGCUGGGGUCGGUGUCACGCCGUUCCUCUCCUUGCUCUCCACCUUUUUGGUGCAGCUUUCAGGAACCGAUGCAUCCUCGCUACUCGAGGCCCAUUUCUACUGGGUCACGCGGGAUCCGAGUGAGUUCAUCUUCGGCGCGCCCUUGCUGCGGAACUGGCUCUCCCACCGACCCCUGCACGCCAAGAUCGUGGUGCACCUUUACACCACGUCCAGAUGCCCUGAGAAGGACCUGCCGAGCUUCCUUUUCAAGGAAUGCCUCAAGCGACAGGGUGCAGUCGAUCGCCAAUACUUCAAGGCCGUCUUCCCUGAGUGGCAGCGACAGAAUCUGCAGGCUCCAGGUCCUCAAUUUCCUUGGUGCUGGGCAGAAGGUGGCCAGGAAGAGCUUUUGUGGGUGCCCUGCCCAUCCCGAGAUGACUUCACGGAGAAGUUCUGGCUUGUCAGCAGUUCGUCCCCAGGCGCGAGGGCCCAUACUCUGCCCACAAUGUUGGGGCCCAAAUAA